AUGGGACAGGAGAGCGAUUCCUCCCCCGAGGAGCAACCCCCUCCGCUGCCUCCUCGACCCGCGAGGAGCUCCUCCGACGCGAACGCGAAUGCGCAAGCCCUGCAGGGCCAGGCGACCACUGCCAUCACGCCGCUGGACAUCCAGACCUUGUCCUUCCCCGAUGGCACACGAGGAACCUUUUCCACGCCGAACACUCGGCCCGUGUCGACUCCCGGCAGCGGCUACACGUCGCCCAGCCGCCGGCCGAGCAACUCUGGCCUGGAGGCAGACGAUGGCGCCAGCAUCAUGAGCUUUGCGCCGACGAUGCGUCCGGCUGGAGACAUUGCCAGCCUGUUGACCUCGUCACUCAGCAGGAAGAGCGCGGCUUGGAACUCGCUCAAGUUGCAGUCAAACGUCCAGCCGUUUGAGAGACACCAGCGAGGCGCGCACGACCGGCUGGCUGAGUUCGAAAAUGAGUUUGCGCCGCUUCCUGACGAAACGAACGAGUUCUUCAAGGACGACGAACGGCUGGCGUUAUGGCGCUCGAAGCUCAAACAGUACAUGAUCUUGUCUUCGGCAGGCAAGCCCAUCUGGAGCCGACAUGGAGACCUCAAUCUCAUAAACUCGUCGAUCGGAGUCGUGCAAACCAUAAUCUCCUUCUAUGAAGGAUCCAAGAACCCCCUUCAGGGCUUCACGGCUGGCGAUACCCGCUUUGUGGUAUUAACUCAAGGGCCACUCUACUUUGUGGCCAUCAGCAAGCUUGGAGAGAGCGACUCGCAGCUACGGGUGCAGCUGGAGGCCUUGUACAUGCAGAUUCUGUCGACGCUCACUCUGCCUUCCCUCACCAAUAUCUUCGCGAACCGGCCGUCCACCGACCUGCGCAAGCCACUGCAAGGAACCGAGGCUUUGCUGUCAUCGUUAGCGGACAGCUUCACAAAAGGAUCGCCCUCGGCAUUGCUGAGCUCGUUGGAAUGCUUGAAGCUGCGCAAGACGCAGCGCCACUCGAUCAAUAAUACUUUUCUAAAGUCAAGGACCGACAAGCUGCUCUACGGACUCAUCGUGGCGGGUGGCAAGCUCGUCAGUGUCAUCCGGCCACGGCGGCAUUCCCUCCAUCCCAGCGAUCUCCAGCUCAUCUUCAACAUGCUCUUCGAGUCGGAAGGCAUCAAGGCCGGGGGCGGCGAAAACUGGAUACCACUGUGCCUCCCCGCCUUCAACAACAAGGGCUAUUUGUACAUGUACGUCAGCUUCUUCGAAGGAGUGUCGGGCGAGCAGGCGACGGCACCGGCCGCGGCCGUGGGGCAGCCGGUCGACGAGGAAAUUGCCAUGAUCCUCAUCAGCGCGGACCGGGAGGCCUUUUUCAGUCUCAAACAGAUGCGAGACGACGUCGCGCAGCAGCUGGCGAAGAACGGCAGCCUGGCCAUUAUCCGAGACGCUGCACGGGCCGGGCGCCCCAGCAUGGCGCAGAUCGCCCCGGGCAGCCCGAUAUGCCACUUCUUGUUCAAGUCGCGAGCGAAUGUGCAGUUUUGCAUGUCGGCGCUGGAGCCCGCCUUUGGGCAAUUGGUCAAGAGGCGACGGCUCAUGACGGCGUAUCACGAGCUGCACGCUGCCACCCACGCAAAGAAUGCGCACCUCAAGGUUUUGCAGUGUGUGAGCGACGACGCGACGUCGCUCGCUUGGCUUACUCCGACGUUUGAAUUAUAUUGCAUUGGCGGACCUAACUUGUCACGGGCAGCAAUGGCGCAGGGUGCGAAUAAGAUUAUGCAAUGGAUCAAGAGAGAGGAGCAACGGUUGUUCAUCAUUGGCGGCGGUGUAUUUUGA